CCAGAUUCGAAUUUGCCAACAAUGCUCCACACGCGCUACACCGAGAGCCACAGCCUCGUGUACGCCUUUGACCCGACGCUCUCUGGCGGCGUCGCGGGCCACGUCGCAGUGCACUACCACGGCUACGGCGCAACGAUCGCGGCCAACCUCGACGUCUCGGGUGCCAACUGGACGGCGCUGAGCACCGCCGACGCCAACUGCAAGGGGCCUAUCGACUCGUACACGUGGCACGUCCACACCAAGUGGAGUAACAAGGCGUCGUCGGCCUUUCUGAGCGGCUGCGGCUUGGCCAUCGCUGGCAACCACUACGACCCGACCCUCGCCUGCGGUCCGAACUCGGAGCACAUUACCGCCGAAACGUGCAAGGCGACUGUCGCCCAAGCUGGCUUUGCGUACAACUGCACGCCCGCUUCGUACGCCGAGUGCGACUCGGCGUGCGAGGCCGGCGAUCUCUCGGGGAAGGUCGGCAAGAUGGCGGCCAAAGCGGGCAAGAUCCGGGAGACGUGGUUCGACCCGCACUACCCGGCCUUUGACGAAGCGACGGCGCAGUGGAACGUCAUGCUCCACGCCGUGUGCGGCAAGGCGACACCCCGCUUCGUGUGCGCGAUUGCGACGACGGCCAAGGACCUUCCGUCGCCGACGAUUCCGACGACCUAUGCGCCAUGAGCGCUUGAAUGUGACGAGUGGACUCUGCCAGUUACAGUGUCAUCUACCUACGUAUGCUAAUGCACGGUCAUUCAUUUUGAAACGGA